ACUUAUAUCACUAUUCAUUAUUCACUGCAGUAUCAGAUAAAAAAAUAUAUUGAAUGAUGUGUUUAAUUCGAAUUUGUUGAUACUUGAUUAUGCUUAUGCCAUUUUGGUUUCGGAAUUGUACAAUAUUUAAAGAGUUAAUUGUAUUUCCUGAAUUUAUGUAUUUCAUAUAGAGGUAUAUAAUAUAUAUUUUUUUUAAUUGUGUUAUACAAAUUAGGGAUAUGUUGGACAUAUCUUUUAGCAAAACAUAUUUAUUAUGCUGCGCAACAUUAAUACUCAUUCAAUGGGUAGAAAGUAAAAAUGUGGAGUAUGUGACCUGUGGAACUGUCACAAAAUUGUACAAUAUCGAUCUUAAAGUAAGGUUGCAUUCACACGAUGUUAAAUAUGGUGCAGGCAGUGGUCAGCAGUCUGUAACUGGCACUGAUUUGUCUGAAGAUAUUAAUUCACUUUGGGAAAUUAAAGCACAAACAGGAAAACAUUGUAAAAGAGGCGAGCCAAUUAAAUGUGGAAGUAUAAUUAGAUUUACACAUUUAACUACAAAAAAGAACCUUCAUUCACAUCUAUUCAGUUCUCCUCUAUCUGGCAAUCAAGAAAUGUCUGCGUAUGGUAAUGACGGAGUAGGAGAUACUGGUGAUCAUUGGUAUGCCGAUUGCAAUGGAGACUAUUGGGAGAGAGAUGAUGAUAUUCGAUUAAAACAUGUAGAUACAGGAUCAUACUUAAUGGCUUCAAGUUUAUCAUACGGUCGACCAAUUAAUGGACAAAAAGAAAUUGCUGCUGUAAAAAAUCCAGGACCAUUUUCGACUCAUUGGCGUGUAAAAGAAGGCAUAUUUAUUCAUAAAGAUGAACCAAAUGAUUUUCAUUCUGAUUAUCUCCAUACAGAACUAUAAUAUUGUUCCAUUUAAGUAUUGAAUUAUCAAUUAUUUUAUAAUUUUGUAAAUUUAUUAAGGACUACA